UCCAAAUUUAGUUGAAACUUUGAAAGGCAUAUUAGGCUUAGCGAUUCAUGGCAUCUACAAGAAUGAUCACCCUAAAGAGUUCUGACGGUGAGGCGUUCGAGGUCGAGGAGGCUGUGGCGCUUCAGUUGGGGUGCAUAGAGCACAUGAUUAAGGCUGAUUGCGCCGAUAACAGCAAUAUUGAUCUUCCAAGUGUCACCGGCAGGAUAUUCGCCAAGGUUAUUGAAUACUGCAAAAAACACGUUGACGCUUCCCGUUCAGGCAUCGAGGAUCUCAAGCAAUGGGAUGCUGAUUUCGUCAAGGUUGAUGUGCCCACGCUCAAGGAUCUCGUCAAGGCUGCAAAUGCUUUGGACAUAAAGAACCUUUUGAAUCUCACUUGCGAGACUGUGGAACUCAUGAUCAGAAAUAAGACUCCUGAUCAAAUUAGGAAAAUCUUUCUUCUUUAGUUUAUUAUACUGCUGAACUUCUGUUCCUGAUCUUUUGUUGCAUGUGGCUUAAUGUCUCUUACAUUAGCUACGUUUGGUUCAUUUGAAUAUUUGUUUUCUUGACACAUUGCCCCAGAUUCUCUCAUUUUAUUGGACAAUUAUAUGUUUGCGCACUCCACAUGAGCAUUUGAAUAUUUUGCUUUUGGUCCUUUUAAGUGCGAAUACUGGGAGCUCGAGAUUAAGGGUAUAUUUGAUUAUGUUUUUUUUUUUUUUAUGCUUAAAUGUACUUUUAAUCCUCAUUUAACGUGAAUAUGCAAUUGGAGUUUAUAAAUUUCAAAAAUAGCAUUCUUGAUCUCAAACCUUAUAUUCUGUCAAAGGUUUUGAUUCCCCUUCACUUUUCCGUUAAUUUUCUAAAUGUUUUUGUUCUAUGUGACAAUUUUUAAGUGAUGUGAAACCCUAUUAGGGGAUUGGACCUUAAAUUCACCAAUAUAAGCUGCCCGCACAUUCUUUAUUCUUCAUCUUAAUUCAUCUUAUCUUUUUUAUUCCAGAACCUUUCCUCAACCUCAACUAUAGGGUUUUAUAUUUUGCUUGUAUGGAGAUGAAAUUUCUGGAUUAGUAGAGAUUGGAGAAAAAUGGGUGUGGUCACGAUCUCAAUAUCACCACUAGAUCCAUAAUCAAUCCAGCAAGCCACCAUGUCUUCCUCCGCGUCACAGCCCCCACAUCGCAGCCCAACAGACCACCACCGGGCUUCGUUGUUGUCGCGGCUCCAACCGCCACUUUUACUCGCUGCAUACAUUAGA